GCGCAUGGGGCCGCACUAUCCGUUGCGCCUAUGAAGCCUUCUGGCGUGAGCUUCGAGUCGUAAUGUGCAACGAGCGCCAAACGGCCAACAUCUCCAUCUCCUGUUGCGCCAGGCGGAUCUCUUGUUGCUAUGAAGUUCACAAAGGGAACUUGUUGCCCGUUACUUGUCGGGGUUGUAGACGAGCUGUUUUGAAAAGACAGCUUCCAUUUGGGCAAGUGGUUGCUGAAGAAGUCGACAAAGUGUUGCAGGACAGCGCGUGAUCCCUCAGUGCCGGGGACUCGUGUUCGCAAGAUAGGCGCAAGCAGUGCGCCAUUGUGAAUGUCAAAGUCAUUCCCAGGAGACGGCAGCGAUUUCAGAGUCGCGUCAGACAGCGUAGUGUAUGCCAGACACUGCCGCAGCAGCGCUGGCAGCAGCAAAAGUCGGGCGGACAGCUGCAUGGCGGUGGUCUUCUGCAGCAACGGAUGCCCGAUUCGACCUCCUUCUCAGCGCGCGCAGCAAAGUCGUUGGUGCAAUUGUUUCUGCGACAUCGAUAUGCGUAUGAAGGUGUCCCGAGAGUGGGUCGCUACGUGUCCAGGCUAGAACUAUCGCUCGCUCGUCUCAACGUUGCAGAGGGCCUGCAGAAGCAUGGCAUGUAUUAUGGCAGAUACUGGAUCGCGAUGCAGGUGCCAGGUGUUGCAGAGUUCAUCCUGGUCCAUGCCCAGUGUCACCUGGCAAUCGGAGCCUCACGAGCUUCUUCCGCCCGCGCCUGUAAAGUGUACAACUUCUUCAUCAGUAAUGUGAUGCCCUGCGUGCAUGGCCCCUUAUGGCGGGCAGCAUCCUCCGCACCAAGAGCAUCUGCUCUGAGACCAGCAACCCAUACCCAUCCACAGACCCUCCGAUCAAUCCUGCGACCACCAUGCCAUCUCAUCUCGAGAAAUGCAGCAGCAACACCAAUCCGCGGUGCCUCGACUGAAGCCGCACACGCUCGCAAGAAAGCUGUGCUUUACCCUGAGCGCAUUAAUGUCUACCGCGCUGGUACAUCGGCCACACUCUCAGUCGGCCUUACGCGCGUCGCGACCAUCAUCAUCUUCUUAGCAGGAGCUACAGUCUAUGCUCCAGCCUACUUCUUCUCGCCCGAUCACAGCAGUCUCUGGGUUCCAGUAUACAUAGCUGCAGCUGCAGUCCCAUUUUUCGUCACCGCUCUCACAACGGGUCCCAUGAUACAUGCCAUCCGCGUAUAUCUACCCAGCAGGGCUCGCAGGUCGAAGGACGACCUCAAGCGCUUUGCCAGCCUGACCCCCGCCGACACACUUCUUGAGCUGCAAUACAUGCGAUGGCUUCCGUGGCCUCAGACCCGACGAGUGCCCUUCGGUCGACUGAGACGACUGCAGCCAAGUCUGAGAGGCGGAAUCGCAAAUCUUGAACAGCAGAAUCCCCUAGUGACCGACAAGCUGAAGAACUCCUUGCUGGGAUGGCUUGCCCACAGGAACUGGGGUAGGUUCUAUGUAAACAGAGCACAGAGAAAUGAUCGGAGCGCUGUCCCAGGGGUGUGGGAAGGCAUGUGGGGACAGAUACCACUCAAAGGGUCGAAAGAGGAUAUUCUGAUGGCUCAGGCUGAAUCGAAGAAAGUGAAAGCUCCAGUACAGAUGAGAGGAAGAUCUCCCACUACAAAAGAUGGUAAAAGGCGCGAAAUGAAACGGCUUUCGCUUCUUUAA